CAAGCAUCGUGUGCCGCCGGCUUCGUUCGGCUUUAUGUGUAUUCAGUAUUGGGAUUAACGAAAGGUUAAUUUGUCAUUUUCGUGACAAGCAUUUUCGCUGUGUUUGCCGAUUAUUUAUAUCUCUCGAGGCUGCAGCCGCGAAUACAAAAGUAUCAGAAAAAUGGAGUGUUUAAUUGGUAUUCAGUGCAAAGAUUUCGUGCUAGUUGCGGCGGAUAUGACAACUACACAGUCUAUUAUAGUUAUGAAAAGCGAUGAACACAAAAUCCAUAAGAUUUCCGACAAGCUUGUCAUGGCGAUAUCUGGAGAAUCUGGCGAUACAACGCAGUUUUCGGAAUAUAUUGGGAAAAAUAUUCAACUAUACAAAAUGCGAAAUGGCUAUGAAUUGUCUCCCAAAGCUGCAGCUUGUUUCACAAGGAGAAAUCUAGCUGAUUAUCUUAGAAGCAGGACUCCAUACUUUGUCAAUAUGCUAUUGGCCGGAUACGACGAUGAUUUAGGAGCAGAGUUAUACUUUAUUGAUUAUUUAGCAUCCUGCGUAAAAGUUCCUUACGCGACUCAUGGAUAUGGUGGGAUGUUCUCCAUGUCUGUUCUAGACAGAUAUCACAAAUACAAUUGUACCGAAGAAGAAGCAUAUGCAUUGUUGAAAAAAUGCGUGCGAGAAAUUCAGAAGCGGUUAAUCGUUAAUUUACCAAAUUUUAAAGUUCAAAAGAUAUCCAAGGAUGGAAUCAAAGAUAUGCAGCCGAUUACAGCUGAAAACUUGGCUGUAGAAAGUGCUGCUGAAGCAUAAAAGAAAUGUUUACUUAAUAUUUUUUGGUAGAAACAAUAUUUCCAUUAUAAAAAUAAAAGAUCUAAUCAUAAAAUUUGACGAUGAAAUUAUCAAUGAUUGUAAUUGCUUACUUUUCAUCAAUUUUUGAAAACAAUUGAAAUCAAUGCGUCUUAACUUUUCUAUUCCUAUCAUAUAUACGUAUGUAUGUAUGCACGAUAUUCUAAGAUAUGAGCAAAUAGAAGAAUAAUGAAUUUUUUGUUAAAGAUUUUAACAUACAUUUGUAUAAAUAGGAAAAAUUUUCUUAAACAGGGGACUGUCAGAAUACAAUAAUUUCAUGGAAUGUGACACUACUAUGAUACUCGUAAUUUCUGAUAGUGGAUGAAAAGUGAUUAGUAUUAUCGCUAAUUUGUUACAAUAUAAGUUGCCAUUUUGAAGUUACUUGCAAAAAAACGAACAAAAAUAGGGAUCCGUAUUUAAAAAACGUGCUUUUAGCGUCAAAGUGCGUGCUGUUAUUUAUGAAAUUCUAUAGUAAUGUAACUACACGCUAAAUGCGCGCUAACAUCGUUAUAACCAUAUUCUUGACAGGGCUGAAGAAAAAAAGAAAGAACAUUUUAUUUCUCUACAAAUAGUUGUUACA